AUGUGCAAGAUAACUGGGCUUCGAGUCCCCAAUGGUCCAACGACACACUAUGUACCCCUUGAACGCUCUCAACACCCUCUUGUGAAGGUAGACCCAAAUGCUAUCAAGUCGUAUAACCCAGAGCAACUACCAUUGCGUACCCAUUCGGAAAUGCUCCAACAAGGUCAGGAAGUUGAAAAUGCACCCUCGACUGCAGCCGCCAAUCGCCUGGCCAAACAAUAUGGUGUCAAAGGUGUCCCACUUCUCUCUCACCUUGAUUCCCUGUCCUUUCCCGGUUCCUUUCCAUACGAUUUCAUGCACUUGAUCUGGGAAAAUUUAAUCAAAAAUCUUGUGCUUCUCUGGACUGGCGAGUUUAAGGGGCUUGAUGAAGGUAGUGGUGAAUAUGUUCUGGGGAAAGCCGUUUGGGAAGCAGUUGCAUCUCUCGGAGCCUCAGCUGGUGACACAAUACCAUCGGCAUAUGGAAGUCGCAUACCAAAUUUAUCGAAAGAUCGUCCCAACGUCUCUGCAGAGAUGUGGGGGUUUUGGACUCAGUACCUUGGGCCAGUUCUUCUUCACCGCCGUUUCCGCAAGGAGAGAUACUACCGUCACUUCCUGGAACUUGUCCGACUACUCAACAUUUGUCUAAAAUUCGAAAAUACGCGAGCGGAGAUUGAUGAAGUUCGGCUUGGUUUUGUGGAUUGGGUUCAGAAAUAUGAGAAGUUCUAUUACCAGUAUAAGCCAGACUGUCUGCCUACAUGUCCGCUUACCAUCCAUGCCCUAUUGCAUAUUGCCGAUUCAAUCAAAUUCUGUGGACCGGUUUGGGCUUACUGGGCUUUCCCAAUGGAGCGUUUCUGUGGUACUCUCACCCCAGCAAUCCGAAGCAGGCGACAUCCUUGGGCUUCGCUGGACCGACACAUCCUUGAGGUUGCUCAGCUGACGCAGGUCAAGAUGGUAUACAAUGUUGUUCGUGAUCUAGAUUUGGACUAUGAUUCAGACGACGAGUCAGAUUCAACUCAGGAUGGCUUUUCUGACCCAGCUUGUUGCGUAUUAUCAUUUCCCCUGAUUUCCAAAUUGAUUAUAGUUCAAGAUCCAAGCUGCAUUCUCCUACCACCCCGAGCGCCUCUCCGUCCAACAGAGACUCAGGUCCGAGCCAUUGCGGGUGCCAUCGUCACUCGCACUGGCUGUACUAUCACACAGGCCAACAUUGCUCUUCGACAUGCACUGAUUGAGGAGUAUGGUCGGGUGAAACGUAUCGACUCUGAGGCAGGUGACACGAUGCGAAGCUCUAAUCUUGGUAUCCGGCCUGAAGACUCACGCGACAACACCUAUAUUUCUUACUAUGCAAUUAUUGACUUAAAUGCCAGAAACAAGAAGGCACCAUUCAAGUAUGCUAAAGAAGUGUUUUAUGGUCAACUAAACCACAUUUACCGUAUCACAUUCCCCACGGCUCUCCCGACAUUGAAUAUCUCAGCGGCGACAACUAUGAUCUUUGCAGCCAUCCGGACCUGUAACGUGGAACCAGUGAAGAACAAGAUAGAUAAGACACUGUCAUGCCUCAAUAUCCGAAUGUAUUCUGGACAUCGAGAGCUUGACAUCAUUGACAUGAAGAACAUUGUUGGUCUUGUCGGGCGUAUUCCAUUGACAUCCAAUCGGUGGGCAAUUAUUGAUCGGAAUGCGGUUUUAGAGCUAGCUGAAUGGGAGGGUGACAUAAACGCUGACCAAAGUAAUAGAUAG